UAUUUUACCAAUUUAAUAUUCAACCGACAUGUUAAUAUAGUUUAUAAGGUUUCUAAGAUAUAUCAUAAAUAGGGAGGUGAAUGAACUGGUACUUUAUGUCCUCGAAAGGUACUGUGCCAUUAGGCUAGUGCUCAUAUGAAAUAGAGAGAGGGUCAUCAGUAUGUGAUGGCGUAUUAUGGUUUUAAUAAAAGGCCCUAACACAAGCUCUUUGAUAAGCCCCCCCCUCCAUCUCAUAUGAAUCUGUGUCUUGCUCUCACGCUCGGUUAAAAGUCGGUCUUUUCGGCUCUAAUUACUAGACUAUCGUGAUCUUCGGCGAUGGGCCCUUGACCUUCGUUCUCCUACGAUCAUAGAUCGCUACGCUACGCCACUGCAUAGAUAUACCCAUCACAAAAAUCCUGGAAGGUAUCCAUAUACUGUUUUCUUAUACAUAAAGUGAUAAUACUGACGUACCUAUUUAAAAAUGCAAAACGUGGUAAGAAGAUCAAAAGGAUACCAAGACAUUGAAGGCUCUUCAUCGCCCGGUACAUUAAACAAAAGUACAACUUUGCCUGAUCCAGACUCUCAUGCUACUGAUGAAAUAGAAAUGGCUUCAGUUACUGUUGUUCCAGAUGAUACCUUUACUGUUACUCAGGCAGUAAAUGCUUUGGGAUUUGGGUGGUUUCAAGUAAAAUUAUCCUUAUGGACAGGUCUAUGUUGGAUGGCAGAUAGCAUGGAAAUGACUAUUCUUUCAAUUCUUUCCCCAGCAUUACAUUGUUACUGGCGUAUAACAAGAUACCAAGAAGCACUGACUACUACAGUAGUUUUUUUGGGAAUGAUGUUGUCAUCAACCUUUUGGGGAAAUUUGAGUGAUAGAUAUGGCCGCAAAUAUGCAUUAACAUUGUGUGCAAUUUUGUUGUUCUAUUACGGACUGUUAAGUGCCCUAGCUCCCAGUUUUAUGUGGAUCUUACUUCUGAGAGGAUUAGUUGGAUUUGCCAUAGGGUGUACACCCCAGUCUGUUACGUUAUAUGCAGAAUUUUUACCUACUAAACAAAGAGCUAAAUGUGUUGUUUUGCUUGAUUGUUUUUGGGCGCUUGGAGCCUGUUUUGAAGUCGUUUUAGCUUUAGUAGUUAUGCCUACACUAGGCUGGAAGUGGCUUUUAGCGCUGUCUACAGGGCCUUUGCUAAUCUUUAUGCUCAUAUGUCCAUGGUUGCCUGAGUCAGCUCGAUUCCACAUUGCUAGUGGGCAAACAGAUAAAGCUCUUGCGACAAUUGAAAAGAUCGCAAGUGAUAAUGGUAAACCAAUGCUUUUGGGACGUCUUGUUGUAGAUGACACUCAGGCCCAACUGCCCCACAGGGGCCGUUUCAAAGAUUUGUUAAUUCCGUCCUUGAGAAUGACCUCACUUCUCCUGUGGUUCAUAUGGAUGGCUUGUGCGUUUUGUUAUUAUGGUUUAGUAUUAAUGUCUACUGAAUUAUUUGAACCUUCUUCAAACGCGUGUAUAGAAAAGAUCGACUCUCGACCUCCAAUAAAUGAAGAAAAUUGUGCUGCUAAUUGUAAGCAGUUACAAACUACUGAUUAUAUUGAUUUGCUUUGGACUACACUUGCUGAAUUUCCUGGAAUUUUCGUUACAAUUUUUAUUAUAGAACGAUUUGGUAGAAAGAGGACUAUGGCAGUACAAUUUGUCGUAUACGCUGUUUGUUGUUUGUUUCUUCUCAUUUGCCCACAAAGACGCAGUGCCUUAACUUUGGUACUAUUUUUCGCUCGAGGAAUUAUAGCUGGAGUGUUCCAAGCUGCUUAUGUGUACACCCCAGAGGUAUAUCCUACAUCAUUAAGGUCUGUGGGGGUGGGUUCUUGCAGUGCAAUGGCAAGAUUUGGUGCAAUGGUUACGCCUUAUGUAGCUCAGGUGCUUUUAAAGACUUCCGUGAUAUUUUCUGUCGCUCUUUAUGCAACAGGGGCCUUAUUAGCUGCUUUAGCAUGUAUCUUAUUACCGUUAGAAACGACUGGAAAAGAAUUGACUGAUAACAUUGACCAACAAACUUCUCAGCCAACUAAAGACUAAUUUCUUUAUUUCUAACGACAAGUAUUAAUUAAACAAGGCUGUUAAUUUUAAUACGUACUUAAAUAUUGUAUU